GAGAGUGCUGAGGGUUUUGUGGUGAGAAGCAGCAGCGAAGAUCUGUUUGUGAGCAUCACAAGCUUUCUUUGUGGAGCGCUGUCGAGGUGGCUCUCCAAGGUUUCUACAGUACAUUGCCGUUUCACUGCAAAAUUCACAAAAUCUAGCCUUCAGCAAUAGCGUUUCUCUUUACCACGCCGGCUCACCAAGGCUGCAAACGAAAAGCUCCCGUUUCUUCACUCAUUUUUGCUCUGGAAUAGCAUGAAUGCUGAAUAUUAUAAGUCACUGGCGAUGGAGCUUGGGGUUUACCAGCUGAGAAAUUUCUCGAUUUCAUUUCUCUCCUCUUUGCUCGGAACAGAAAACGCCUCCGUAAAAUUAGACAGUAGCUCUUCUGGUGCCAGUGUGGUAGCCAUAGACAACAAAAUCGAGCAAGCCAUGGAUCUUGUGAAGAGUCACUUGAUGUACGCUGUGAGGGAGGAGGUGGAGGUCCUUAAGGAACAGAUCAAAGAACUGGUGGAGAGAAAUUCUCAGUUGGAACAGGAAAACAAUCUGCUGAAGACUCUGGCUAGCCCUGAGCAGUUAGCACAGUUUCAGGCACAGCUGCAGACAACUGGCUGUUCCCCGCCAGUGUCUCAAUCAGGACAAUCUACUCAACCCACACCACCAAACGGGGGAUCAUCAGCUUAAAGGCCUGGCUGUACAAUCCAAUGGGCCAUCGGGCUUUGCAGAGAAGAGAAAUAAACUGUCAUAUCAAUCAUCAUGUAAUAUUUCAUCGCACACCAACAAUUCCAAAUUGGUUAUGGGAACUAGAGUUGUAUAAAUUCAGAAAGAAACUCUCUUCAGUAUUAAGACAGUCGUCUUUGGCUAAAGGAGUUUGCUUUGAGGGUGUGGAAUGAAAACCUUGUUCUCUCAAAGAGAGUGGUUAUAUGCAGAGGAGAAGAAAAGCAGCCAUGCAGAUCUGAGUGCUGGUUACCGAUCAUUGCUCAUGCUGUGAAAAUGCAUGCAGUUUCCUUUCAUUCAGCACACCUAUGUGUGUACAUGCGUGUGUAUGUUUGUGUGCACCAAUGUAACUGCUUCCCGACAAGGUUGAGGAAGAAGUGGAUCAGAGGCAAUCAGAUACUGACUGGAGAGUCUUUGAGAGGGCAGUGCCCUCCUUUACACUGCUGUAGACCACUUUGAUUUCUAAAUGAGUUAUGAAGACAAAACGGGAGUAUGAAGGCAAAGCUGAACAGUAUUUAACUUGAACUGUAGAACUGUCACCUUGGACCUUAAAUUGACAAGAUUGCUAUGUUUACACUGCUUUUCCAAGAGCUGGAGAGGUGUAGAUUUUUUUCAAGUUAGAUGUGACUCAAAAUUUUGGACAAUCCAUGGGGUUGUUCCUCUAAUGUAUAUUGUGUACGUAGUGUAAGUAUUGUGUAAUAUAGAGCUGUAUCUAUUAGGUUGUACAGAUUGAAAACUUGCUGUUUCACUGAUCCAAUUGCGUUUGGACAUUUUUUAUGCUGUUGAACAGAAAUGGCAUUUGUGAACAAUUAUGCUGUCCUAAGACAUAGCAGGGCUGGAAGAAUUUUUCUUGUAAGUUAAUGGUACGUGACUGGUAAUUAUAGAAAGUAAGUGGUCCACUGGUCCCAUUUCUUAUGUCUAUCAACACUAAGUAGUGGCAGAUGCUACACAGUAGUUGCAGUGAUAGAAAUGGUCUCUUGGUCAGAGGAAGCACUAAGAGAUGAGAAUCUAUGGGCUCCAGUGGAAUUGAUUCUUUUUGAUGCUUCAUAGACCUUAUCUGUUGGUUCACUGGUCCAUUGGUCUGUUAAAUCUGCACUGUAAUGGUCUGGUUGGAUUCUUUAGGAUCCAGAACCAAUGGAUUCAUCAGCCUAGGUAUGUUUGUUGCUUCUAACCGUUGAAUACCUUCAACAACAUUGUACUCGCCAGUAGUACAGCGUUUGUAACCCCAACAAAGAGUGUGUUUUGACAAUUAAACACUCCAGACCCAAAACCUCUGUUAGAAGCUCUAAUUCCUACUAUGGAUUUCACAUUUAACAGUGAUAGUGUUGCUUAUGUUCUGAUGCAUGUUCUGAAACAGUUGUAACACAUUCAGUUAUACUCGACUGCGGCACAACUUCGAAACUUUCAAUAAACUCAAGUUGGUAAAUAACAA